GCGCAUGCUCUCCUGAUACUGCUGUAGCUGUCUUGCCCUUCGCGAUGGCUGCCGUCAGGGUUCUGGUGGCUCCGAGGCUGGCUUCUGCGCUCCUGCCGCUCGCAGGAUGCCACCGGGUUCCUUCUCAGCGCGCAGCCCUUCACAGCUCUGCACCGCGAACCGGGGCCAGGGUGGCGUUGGUGCUGUCGGGCUGCGGAGUCUAUGACGGAACCGAGAUCCAUGAGGCCUCAGCGAUCCUGGUGCACCUGAGCCGAGGCGGGGCUGAGGUCCAGAUCUUUGCUCCUGAUGUCCCUCAGAUGCACGUGAUCGACCACACCAAGGGGGAGCCCUUGGAGAGGGAAAGCAGGAACGUUUUGACAGAGUCGGCAAGGAUUGCCCGAGGCAAGAUCACCAACCUGGCUCAGCUCAGUGCCGCUAACCAUGAUGCUGCCAUUUUCCCUGGAGGCUUUGGAGCUGCCAAAAACCUGAGCACGUUCGCCGUGGACGGGAAGGACUGCAAGGUUAACAAGGAGGUAGAGCGGGUCCUGAAGGAGUUCCACGGGGCCAGGAAGCCCAUUGGGUUAUGCUGCAUCGCUCCUGUCCUCGCAGCCAAAGUGAUCAAAGGUGUGGAGGUCACCGUGGGCCACGAGCAAGAGGAGGGUGGCAAGUGGCCUUAUGCUGGAACCGCGGAAGCCAUCAAAGCCCUGGGUGCCAAGCACUGUGUGAAGGGUGUGACCAUAUCCUUUCUGGCAGCUGGGCGGCGUCUUUGGUAUCAGGUAGCACUGUAGGCUUACCUAAUGAGGUCAUUUGGUCACCUAGGGUAUCGUGGCAGGCAGCCAGCCCUUCAGCAGUCAUAUUUGCUGGUCUUCAAGGGAACCCCUGGGCAGGAGGACAGGGCCAGCCGGUGUCAUGGGGCGUGGCUAGCUUGGCAUGCCACAGGCGGGCUUCUCACUCCUGAGGACAAUCUGUGUGCCUGCACCCCUUAGACCUGUCAGCCCUGAAUCAGCCUGUGAGGAGUACAGGCUAGGGGUAGUGACCGUAGGAUGGAACUAGAGCAGCGUGGGGUGGUGGGCGGGGCUCCUGGCUCUAGUGGCCCUCAGUUUCCACAGCUGGAGCCGCCUAGAGUGAGUUCUACACUCCCAUGUGGGGCUAGCAUGCAGGCCGUCAUCAGACCCUGUUCCACCCCCAGAUCACAGUUUCUUCCUCCUGAUGAGAACCUGUGAGUCAGAAGCUAGCUCCUCUUACAGUGGGUGCAGACCUGUCGGUGUGACUACUCAGUCCUUCCUCUCAGUCACACUGAGUCCUCCCCUCCCUCGUGCAGCAGAGGACCUGCAGGACUGAGGGUGGGUGGGCAGGGCUCCUCCUGUGCGGUGCCCGUGGUCCUGCCUAGUGCUAGAUUUUCCCUAACAUCUACUCACGAAGCUCAUGUCGACCAGAAAAACAAGGUGGUCACCACCCCAGCCUUCAUGUGUGAGACCGCACUCCACCACAUCCAUGAUGGGAUUGGGGCCAUGGUGAAGAAGGUGCUGGAACUCACGGGAAAGUAACGCCCUGGACCACACUUGGCCUCCGCUGCUGUGGCGUGCUCAGCCUGUGUGUGCUCUGCUCAGCCAGGACAUGGGAGCUGCUUUUCUACUAGAAGCAUAGACACUUUCUGCCUGAAGGAUGAGCUUUGCCCGUUUGUCAGGCCUGCACUUCUACCAGCAGGAAGCUCAGAGACCCUCCACGGCCCGGAGUAGCAGCAGGAGCUUCGUCCAGGGGCUUGCCUCACUGUGUGUCCCCGUUGGGAGGUCUGAGCACCUUUUGCAAAGCCUGGUUGAUGGACUCAUGGUCUACGAACCUAGGUCUGAUGGAUUGGGGUACUAAAGCUUUGAAAGAAGAAAGCAGUUUAGGUUCUAAAUGUCUGAUAAUCAGAGGUGCCUUGUUUAUGGAUAAAGAAAAGCUCUCUGAUCCAGAGUAAACACCGCUAACUAAAGCCAGGGGAAUUCUGUAGUAGGUCCCUGUAGCCACGGAAUAAACUCUUUUCCACGAUGGGAACUGCUUUCA